AUGGUGCUACCGAGGAUAGAGCUGUUACGGAGGUUGGCCAGUGCAAGGCAGCUGUGCUCACAAUGCUUUGUGCAGCAAAGGCGAGCAGCCGGUUUUGUUCCGCGGCCAGUGUCUCGCACGCCGCUGUUGGGCGGGCGGCGACUGGUAUCGACUUCACGAGCGCUGAGGACAGUGGCGGGUGAAGAGGUCAACCAUGAGGAUCUCUCGACCGGGCAGGACCCAGUGAUCGCCCCCGUCGCCGAAGAAGAAGCCCGCUUGGAAGCCGAGCUCGAGACGUAUCGCGAUAUUCGAGAAUACCUACGAAAAUGGAACGAAACCAAUCCCAACAUCCUGGAUCCCGUUCGUGAACUGGGCAGUGCAUCGUCACCCAAUGACCCCGGUCACUUGGUUGGAACUAUGCUCAACGGCCGUGAAGCAACGGACUCGCUCUGGGCUAGCUCACAACUCUCCAAUAAAGAUGACUUUGAUACCUCAGAAGAAUUUGAAGGGGACCACCUAGAGCCAGGUGAUUUAGUAGGACGCCUCACGUCAGAUGGUGUGUUCAACCUCGCGAUCUACGUGCAGUCCGUCCACAAGCAGAAACAAAUCUACACGAGUCGAGGGAAUUGGCGGAUCUGCUCCAAUCGUGAACUCGAUUACGUCGUGAAGGGCUUUGCUUCCACGGUUCUUAUUGAUCCGAUCAAGCCUUAUUUUCCAGAUCGUCCUCCGCAAGCUCAGUCCGAGAUUCAAUCCGUGCCGGAAGGUGGACUCCCGAGGCCUCUAGGGCGGCCGCUCAUCGAAAUGAUGGCCGCGUUUGAACAGCAAGUAUUCGAUUUCUACCGAGAGCAUGCGCAAUUGUUGGACAGUAUUCACGAGUUGGUAGCGGAUGAAACGGAAUUUCUUCGCUUGACUCUUGAAGAGCUUGCCAUGAAGCUUCUUGGUAUCGAUGAGCCGCAACUAAACAGCGUGAACCUGUUCGCGGUACAUCAAGCAGUGCGACGCCGGCCAUUCGCCAUCGAGAAGGACUUUAAUUCAUCCUUCCACCCAAUCUAUUUGGUGCAGCCUAAGAGAAUCACCAAUGUAGUCAAACAGGUCACGACAUGGGUUCAUGAACACCAGGACUUUUUGGUUCGGGCAGCUAUGGCCAAAGAGACACCCGGUUUCAAGGAUCAUCCCAUGCAACAAUUCAUUCAAAAGGCACAGCGCUUGAUCCGUCUUAGUCGAAAGGUUCGCUCUCCGACGGUAAUGUCGAGCGUGGGCCCUUCGUCUCAAAAGUUCCACCCUGGACAAGACGGCAAGGCGAUGGUGUAUCGCGAAGUCCUGACUGAAAAGUUCACCAAGGCUGAUCAGAUAAUUAUCGAGUAUAUGCAAUUGUACGCAAUUCCGUCAGUGGCCAUGCCGUCUGGUACAUUGCGAUCGACUGCCUCUCACGUCAUGCGUGCCACGGGCAUGUACAACACGCUUGGGCUCAGCGAGUCAUCUACCCGUAUGUUCCUACAGGAGCUUGGCGUUGUGGCUCCGUGGGAGAAUCUCAGUCUUCUCGACCAAAACAUUUUGCUACCCGGUCAUGGCAUGUCCUUGAUGGAGGAUAUGAAAUGGGAAGAAAUUGAAGAAUCCUGCGCGGCCAUCUCAGAGUCCUUGACCGAUUCAAUGAAAGACCUACGCAAAGAUUGGGGAGACUUGCCGGUCUAUUGUAUAGACGCAGUCACAGCACAGGAGAUUGACGAUGGCGUCUCGUUGGAGCGAAUUCCUGGUUCCGAGGAUACAUUCUGGGUUCGCAUCCACGUCGCCAACCCGACAGCUUUCUUGAAACACGAUAAUCCUAUCAUCGAAUACGCCAAAUCUCGACUCGCCACGACUUACGCCCCAGAGCGUACAUACCCCAUCUUUCCCUCAAGUUUCACGCAGGAUUACUUUAGUCUGACGAAUGGCCGACCGACAUUGACCUUCAGCGCCAAGAUGAAUCUUCAAGGAGAAAUUCUUGACACCGAGGUCGCGAAUGGCACUAUUCGAAAUGUAGUCAGCUUGACCCACAGCACAUUACAAAAGUUCUUGGAUCCCAGGUCAACGCCUUCAUCCGAAUCUCUUACUAUCGGCGGCCAGCCCAUUGAGCAAACUUUACCCGAAGGCAAGGUCCUGCGAGAGAACCUCACCGCUGAGGACAAAGAGAACUUCACCAUCCUGCGCAAGUUGAUGCUGGGCUUCCGCAGUCAGCGUCAGAAAAACGGUGCAAUGGAUAUCCAGUUCCCUCGGCCUGAUACCUCCCUCUCCGUCCAAAUGGGCACGGCGCUCGCGAAGCCAUAUGAGGUCCAAGUCACCGAAGGCCGGUACUUUAUCGGUGACCCGAUCAUCCAGCUUCAAAUGCAAGACUUUAACCCGCAUGAAGUCCGGGACGAGUCGAAACGAUAUCUCGUCUCGCUCCUGAUGAAUUUGGCCGGCCACAUCGCUGGUCAGUUCUGUGCGGCCCGUAACAUCCCCGUUGUUUACGAUGGGACAUGGUAUGACCCUGAAUAUGGGCAUGUCACACGGGAAAACAUGAAUGAAUUUGGCGGCCAGGCAUUUUACCAUCUUGCCCUGCCCAAGGCAGUCUCGGCCUCUACUCCCCUCCACCACCACAUGCUCGGUCUAGAUGCGUACGUCAAGAGUACAAGCCCGCUCCGUCGAUUCAGCGACGUCAUCGCGCACUACCAGAUCGAAGCAGCACUGCGAUUCGAGCAUGAACACGGCCGUCAAUUUGACGCUACCCUCGACAUCCCAGAUGAAACCAUCGAAACCGAGUCCCAACCAUCUGAACCGGUCACAUCUCCCCUCCCAUACUCCCACCUCGACCUCGACAACCACAUCGACUACUCCCAACCCCUCCUCGCCCGACUCCGCGCCAUUUCCGCAUACUCCACCCAACAUUGGGCCUGCAUGCUCCUCUUCCGCGCAUUCUACUUUGCCGAAUGUGCACUCCCAGAAUCCUUCCCCGUCAUCCUACGCUCUAUGCGAACGGGCUCUGAUUACGAGGGCACUGUGUAUUCGGGUAUCAUCACCAAUUUGGGUGUUAAUUGUGUCAUCACUAUUCCAGAGGGGUGCCCGGGUAAAGAGAAGAUGGAUAUUUUUGGGGUCGUUGAUGCCCAGAUUACGGCUGUGGAUAUGGCCAGUUUGGAGGUGAAGAUGGAGGCUAAGAGGUUGAUCAAGUCGUUUAAGAGGACGGGGGAGUGGGCUUGA